AUGCGUUACCACACCUUGCAAUUUGGAAAACUUCAGUUAGUAUUUUGUCCAUACGUCACAUCGAGUUAUUUUUGCACACGGCAAAAAAACACAAAAAAAUCCCAGUUUCCUCGAUAUCAAUGUGAGUUUCGUGUCUACGAACAACCCGGCCGAUGGGUAGCCAUCGUCGAUUGGCAUGACACCGUAGAGUCGGUUGAGACAAACGGGCGGAACGGUAAUCUUCUACAGUCCAGCUGGAACGCGCUAUCAAACCCAUCCAUCCUGCCACCGCCGUCACCGACAUUACCUGGCCGAAACCGGCCUAGCUCGACUCGCUUCAACGAAUCAUGGAGCGCGGAUCGCAGUAUAACCCUGCUGCGUAUCAGCCAUCAAGAUUCGACGCGACCUGCAGAGAUGAGCGAACAGCGAGUGUUUUUUAUUUUGUUACACGCAGCUGCAUGCAAUCCGUAA